AUGGGUCGGAAAUUGGGCCUCUUCCGGGCUAUCUAUCUGGUGUCUGCUAGUUGCAUGGGCUCUUUCGCCUUUGCAUUCGACACUGGUGUUAUUAGCGGUGUUCUUACGCUGCCCUCUUUCCAGAAUGACUUCGGAUACACGGUCGCUCAGAAAACCUCGGUCAACUCCAAUGCCGUUUCGAUCCUCCAAGCAGGCGCCUUUUUCGGCUGCUUUUUCACCACACCCAUCGCAUCCUACCUAGGCCGCCGGCUCGGCCUCAUUAUCAGUUCCCUUGUCUUCACCGUCGGUACCAUCUUGCAGGUCGUCAACUCGCAUACUCUGGGCACGUUCUAUGCUGGUCGAGUGAUAGCUGGUCUCGGCAUUGGUGCCGCAACGGUGCUGAUUCCAGUGUAUGCAGCUGAAAUGUCUCCUAAGGAUCUACGUGGCCGACUCGGGUCUUGCUUCCAGCUGUUCUUCGCUUUGGGAGUCAUGGUCGCCUAUUGGGUCACGUACGCUGUGUCGAUAGACCAGCCAUCCGCAACAAAGCAAUGGCAGAUCGCACUGGGCCUGCAGCUUCUCCCCUCGUCCCUUCUCCUAUUCGGUAUGUGCACGGUUAAAGAGAGCGCUCGAUGGCUCGCCUCUAAGGGCAAAAUUGAUAAGGCUAGAGAGUCUCUCAAAUGGGUACGAGGUGGGGAAGAAACCGAGGAGCUCCAGCAAGAAUUUGAUGAAAUUCUGGCUGGUAUUGAGGAGGAAGCUCGGAUUAAGCAAGGUUUCACCUUCCGGGAACUGCUGCUUCCCGCAAAUCGCUAUCGGUUGUUCAUCGCCUUUACGAUCCAGCUAGCGGCGCAACUUACGGGAAACACGUCCCUGGCUUACUAUGCCACUCAGAUCUUCUCCGCCGUGGGUGCAGGAAAUUCAAGCAAGCUGGUGACUGGCUUCUUCGGUGUGGUAAAAGUAGUUGGUGUCUCGGUCUUCCAGAUUUUCGUUAUGGAUCGCAUCGGUCGGCGAUGGCCGUUCAUGGUUGGUGCCGCCGCGAUGGGGUCGUUUAUGCUCAUCAUUGCCUGCAUCUUGGCCACACAUCCAACUAGCUCCAGCGACACCGGAAACGCUUCGCCAGCUGGAAUCGCCAUGAUCAUCAUGACAUAUUGUGAAGCAUUCAGUUUCAACAUGUCCUGGGGCCCCCUUCCCUGGCUAUAUGUGGGAGAGAUAUUUUCGAGUCGCACUCGUGAGAUCGGUGUGACCGUCGGCGCAGCCUCACAAUGGCUUUUCAACUUCAUGAUGUCGCAAGUGACCCCGCAUGCGAUUGAAAAUAUUGGAUGGAGAAUGUUUCUUAUGUUUGCGAUCUUCAACUACGCGAUCGUCGUGUAUUCAUUCAUUUUCUUGAAGGAGACCUCCAACUACUCUCUCGAAGAAAUGCAAGGCGUCUUUGGCGGCAGCGACCCUACGAAGGAUGACAAACUUACGACAACUGAAACCGCAGAUAAGACACAUACCAGCGAGGUCGAGGAUAAUCAAGGGACUAGCAGUGCAAUGCCCAAAGAGGGAUGAAGAUAUAUUACUUAAUUAAUCAUGAUAAUGCGUGAUAAUAGAGACG